AUGAGCGGCUACUCUCUGGCUCCCUUCAUCCUCCGCCGCCCCUGGCUGGCCAACAUGGUCAUGCCCGCCGCCAACUGGUACGCCAAUGCUGCCGGAUACAAGAAGCUCGGCCUGAGAUACGACGAUCUCGUCGAGGAAGAGCGCGAAUCCACCCAGAUUGCCCUCAAGCGCCUGUCACCCAAGGAGUCGUACGACCGCAUCUACCGCAUCCGCCGCUCCGUCCAGUGCAGCUACCAGCACAAACUGCUCCCCAAGGACCAGUGGACAAAGCCCGAGGAGGAUACGCCCUACCUGCGCGACAUCAUCGCCCAGGUCGAGACCGAGCUUGCCGAGAAGGAUGCCCUUGACUCAAUGACCGUCGCGAAGCGACACUAA